GAAGUGGAUGGUGUUCGGUUGAGGACCAUGGAGCCUAGUACCCUACUCCUUCUCACUCUUCUCCUGAGCUUCUUAGUGCUUCUGGUCAGAGGCUACCCAAAGACUCGUGGCCACCUCCCACCAGGACCCCGUCCUCUGCCCUUCUUGGGAAACCUCCUGCAGAUUGACAGAGGAGGCCUUCUCAAUUCUUUCAGGAGGUUUCAAGAAAAAUAUGGAGAUGUGUUUACAUUGCACCUGGGAUCAAAGCCAGUGGUCAUGUUGUAUGGGACAGAGGCCAUAAGGGAGGCUCUGGUGGACCAAGCUGAGGCAUUCUCUGGCAGGACAACAAUUGCUGUGCUUAAACCUACUUUCAUGGACUAUGGUGUUAUCGCUGCAAAUGGGGAACGCUGGAAGACCCUUCGGAGAUUCUCUCUAGUUACCAUGAGAGACUUUGGCAUGGGAAAGCGGAGUGUAGAGGAGCGGAUUCAGGAGGAAGCCCAAUGUUUGGUAGAGGAGCUAAGGAAAUCCCAGGGAGCACCUCUGGACCCCACCUUCCUGUUCCAGUGCAUCACAGCCAAUAUCAUUUGCUCCAUUGUCUUUGGACAGCGCUUUGACUACAAAGAUGGCCAGUUUCUGCGCCUGCUGGGAUUGUUCUAUCAGACCUUCUCAAUCAUUAGCUCACUAUACACUCAGAUGUUUGAAUGCUUUCCCGGUUUUCUGAAGUACUUUCCUGGGACCCACGUACAAGUUUCCAAAAACCUGCAGGAACUCCUUGACUACAUUGAACAUAGUGUGGAGAAGCACAGGGUAAACAUGGACGCCAGUAAUCCAAGAGACUUCAUAGAUACGUAUCUUCUACGUAUGGAGAAGGAGAAGUCCAACCCACACACGGAGUUCCAUCACCGGAACCUUGUGACUACUGUGCUGUCUCUCUUCUUUGCUGGCACCGAGACCAGCAGCACCACGCUCCGCUAUGGCUUCCUGCUCAUGCUCAAAUACCCCCAUGUUGCAGAGAAAGUUCAAAGGGAGAUUGAUCAUGUGAUUGGCUCCGACCGCCCACCAAGCCUUGACGACCGCCCCAAAAUGCCAUACACUGAGGCUGUCAUCUAUGAGAUUCAGAGAUUUUCAGACCUUGUCCCAACUGGUGUGCCACACAAAGUCAACAAAGACACUUACUUCCGAGGUUACCUGCUGCCCAAGGACACUGAAGUGUACCCCAUCUUGAGUUCAGCUCUGCAUGACCCAAAGUACUUUGAACAACCAUAUACUUUCAAUCCUGACCACUUCCUGGAUGCCAGUGGGGCCCUGAAGAAAAAUGAAGCUUUUAUGCCCUUCUCUAUAGGAAAGCGCAUUUGUCUUGGUGAAGGUAUUGCCCGCAACGAAUUGUUCCUUUUCUUCACCACCAUCCUACAGAACUUCUCUGUGUCCAGUCCCAUGGCUCCUAAAGAUAUUGACCUCAAUCCCAAGGAGAAUGGCUUUGGAAGACUGCCCCCAGAAUACCAGAUCUGCUUCUUGGCUCGAUAACUUGACUGAGGUGCUGUCCCCAGUUCUGUUGAGAAUGGACCCUUCUUUUUGCUCCUGAGAAUCCUGUUUGAAACCAGGCCCUAGAUCAGUGCUAACACCCUUCCAGGUUACUUGCAGCUUCUCCAAAUAAAUGAGGUGGUUUUAUCCUGUGAGUGCCAUUGGAGAUAUCAAUCAAGUGCCUUUCUUGGUGUGUGAACACCGAGAUUUGUGGAGGUUACAUCUCAUGCUGAAUCAUUUCCCUCUUCCUCAGAAACCAAUACUCCCAAUGUAUCAGUUCCCAGUGUUCUGUAUUACAAUCAAAUCGACUCUGUAUGUGAUCUGAACCCUGCCUCUAUAGAUUUUCCUACAAUGUAUGGUUCACAAAGUCAAAUGAUAAAACAUGUGAUCUUUGGUA